UAUACAUCAUAUAUUAAUUGCUACAAUUAUUAGUUUAAUUGAAACAUCGUAACGAAAGGUCUGAAUUUACGAUCGAACGAACGAUACAAAACAACAAAUUAAAUUUUGAGACAAGAUAACUAUUAUUCAUAAUCAUUGCAAUUUCUUUAAUAAAAUUUUACUGUACAUAUAUAACGCGGAUUCUGAUUUUGUUUAAAAGAGCCUCCGUUGUCACACUUAAUUGUCAACGUUGAAAUUGCCUCUGUGUGAAUUUUUCCAAAACAAAGAAGAAUGCUUCCGCGACAAGAGAACGAUGUGAUCGUCCACCGUGUUGUGUAAUCGUAACCUGUGAAUUAUUUUUUUUAAUUUUGUACGUUAUAUAAUUUUGUAUGUAUAUUUUUUGUGAUAGAUAAAUCAUCUUUUUCGAAACGAAAAAGGAAAUAGUAAUUUAACGUAAAUUUUGAAUGAUGCAUAUGAAAUUUUAUUGAAUAUUAAACUACGUAAACGAGAAAUUAUGACAGUUAAGAAGAAUUAAUGUAACCAACAUGGUCAAUGUUCAUAACGAUACGAGCGGAACCUUCGAAUUGUCCCCGAAAAAUCAAUCCGAAAUGCAAUUAUGCAAAGUAAACGAAAGCAGACCGAACAUCGCUUUAAAAAUUACAAAUUUCAUUUAGAGAUUGGACAGGAAUUGGACAAAGCGGAAACCAAGUGCUUUACGUUACAGUCGGAAUUAAAUUAUGUGAUGGAUGUUUGUCGGAAGGCUCAAACAGAAACAAGAGAAAGUAAAGAAGCACCUGAUAUUUCGUCAAUAACAUCGUCAUUUAAAAAUCCAGGCUCGAAGUCUCCGAACGAGACUAAUUGCUGUAACAGCGAAAUUACGAGUGCCGAUAGAAUUGCAAAUUUUAACAUCCCACAGAGUAUUCAUGACGUUGAAUUCAAGGCUGAAGAAAAUUUUGAUACUUCUAAUUUGAGCCCGAAAUCAGGCCGGUUUUUGCCCGGAAAAAGCAUCAACGAUGACGAUAUUAUCGAGAGUCUGGAGGGAAGGCAGAAAGGAAGUUUAUUGAACGUUACAAUUACAAGGACUCAAUUAGAUAAGAAACUUCGCUCGAUAACGAUGCCAGCUCAGGAUGAGGUCACGGAAGUAGACGCGGUUAGAGAAUACGAAAGUUAUUACUUCCCGUCGAGUAUGUCCCUCGAGGGACUGACGUCGCGAGCGGACAAGGAUUAUCUCCGCGCAACGUCGUGCUCUGCGACGAGAGGUGCCGAGGAUGUCGGAGGUAUCGAAGAUCCGGGAUUGAAUUUGGACGCGCCGAAUGUCGUAAAAGCCAGACGAGCGGUGAAAAGAGAUAGAUCGAGAACGGGGAGAAGCGAUAUGAACUCCGUGUGCAGAGCGGAUAACGCGGUGUCUAAAAUGCGGAAGAGAAAGGCGAAGAUACGGAGUUCCGUUUCCAAGAGCACGGUUACCACCAAGGACACGGGAUUUAUUGGCAGAAAGGAAGUGAAGAGACGUCGGCACAAAGGCGUUGCUCAUCAACCGUCCAAUCCCCCAAAGCAUGUGAAGAAAUUCAACGAUGUCGUGGAAAUUUUUCAUAACACUAAAUUAAAGAAUAACAAUUCCGUAGUGCCUAGUAAGCGCUUUAAAGCGAAUGAAGCUAAGUAUGAAAGAAAAACGCAUCUUCCUGCGACUAAGGAGAAUUCAAGAAAGAUCCAAGAGACAUUGGCGUUGACUCCGAGAGAUAGGUGUCCUGAACAUAUUGAUCGCGAAUGUCAAUCUCGCAAUAAGAAAAAUGAAGAGGAUCAUUGUCUUCAGAUAUUAAAUUAUCAAAGCAACUCAAGAACGAAGCUCGAGGUCGCGCAAGAACAAAAUAAAUCGGAAGAGCAUUCCAACGAUCUCGUUCCAUCUAGGGAGAAUGAAACGCGACAGCGCGCCUUCAACAGAUACGACGAUCCGUUGUUCACGCCCAAUUACGAGAUGCCGACUUUGGCGUCCAAGUUAAAACGCUCGGGCAGAUCGUACUUUAGUAGAUUUAAUUUCCGGAACAUUCCAUUCGUGGUGGGAACCUCGGUGACCCCGAGUUACAAUCUCGGAUUAAAUAUUCAACAAGUGUUGAGCGUGAUGAAGACGCGGCAGCCGAUCGCGAGCGACGUCACCCCGUUGUUACUCCGCAAAGUCAGCAGAGGCAUGAGGCCGGUGUCGGUUCUUCUGGACCAGAUAAACUACGAGGGAUCGAUUUCGCACGUGAGCUCGCAAAUGACCGGCACGUCAUUUAGCGGCGGCGAGAACCUCGGUCGGGUUAAAAGAUUGCCGUUUUUCAAUUUGCAACACGUAGGAAAGACGCAAAGUGGCUGUAUGCCGAAGGUGUCCACCGAAGCAGGAAUAAUUUCUGAAAAAGAGGACAAUGCUUUUAAACAGCUUCGCCCAGUGAAUGAUUCUUGCGAUCACAAGACUAAACUGCAGUCUUCUUUCGCUGUGAGCAAAAGCAACACGCCGGCGAGUCCUAAAAAUCAGGAAAAAAUUUCGAGGAUAUUAAAGGGUAAUAUCGGCGAUAAAAUACGUAUGCUCGAUUCGCACAAUUCUAAGGAGAUACGUGACGUUCUGAUUAAUCUUCACGAUCAGUUCGAAGAGAUGAACACAAAAUAUGAGAGAUUGCAGUCGGAAGUGAGCAAGUCCAACGAUAAAUCCAUGAAGAAGGAAUUGUUCGCUCUGAACAAGGAGCUCAACGCCAAGGAAGAGGAAAUCAACACUGUGAUCGGUCUUUACAAAGAAGUAAUGACGCUGAAGCAGCAGAUGAAAAUGCUGCACGAACGAAACAGUCUGGUUUGCAUCACGACCGAGUCGGCCAAGGGAACUGGCGGCAGGGAUCCCUUUUCCAUGCCUGUCGUACUCGGAAAAUCUCAUUCGACGAAUGCGACGCAGAUCCUGGGUCGAAGAAAAAUUUACAAUGCCACACGGGAGCCGCCCGCCUCUUUGCAGCUGGCCGCGUUAUUACGGCAGAUACAAACUUUUCAUAAGCAAUUGCAGCGCGUGUCGUAACGUCGCGUCGAGUCACGUAAUAAAGGAGCAAGGAAAUGGAAUAAAA